CAUUUAAGCACAUACAUAUGUACAUACAUAUCUCAUGCAUGUGUAUGUAUGUAUGUACGGGUGUGCGAGUGCGUGCGUGCAAUUUUUGCCAAAGCUUUACCACAAAACGUGACAAAAUUUUCUAAACACUCAAAAGCGUAGCAAACAAAAAUAACAACAAACUAAUAGAAAAAGUUCGCAUUACUUUAGACGCGUGUUAUACGGCUUAUUUGAAAUACCAGCGCCGAAUUGAGGGCAAAAGAAGUGUCAGGACGGAAAUUGUGGCAGAAACAAAAACAAAAGCAACAUCAACAGCAACAGCAACGGGAAGGAACAACAAAGACAAUCAAUGAGCACACAUAAACUAACUUUAAUGAAGCAGCACAAAAGUAUGCUACAUUAUAAGCGCUAGCGCAUAAAUCAAGCGAGGGUGUGUGUAUUUAAGUGCGUAUGUGUGCGUAUGGCCGUGUGUGGGAAAAUGAAACGCAAGAAAGCAACAAAGAACAGAGCUUAAAGUAAUUUCAGCACACAACAUUAAAUAUAUGUACAUAACAAGGCAUAAAUACUAUAAGUAAAUAGAAGUGGCUACCAUUUCAAGCCUGAAGAGGAGUAGGGACUGUAAUUAAAAGCUGGAAAACAUCCACGUCACCAACUGGGAAAUGCAAAAUGUGCAAACAAAGUGUUGCAACAAUAUGCCAAAGGAAUUACAACAGCAACCGAAACAGCUGCCAUCAACGUCACAGCCGAAGUCACAUCUACAGACACUGCCACUGCCACUGCCGCUGCCCAAUGUCAUUUUAAUUAAACGUUAAAAUUGCAAGAAAAUACAAAGAGAACUUGUUACAUAGCAGAACAAUUGGGAGCUGUUUUCGUGACUCCCUCUCUCCCAUUGCUACAUGCCCAGCUGGGCACGCGUUAUGUGUGCGCUGCUUUUCCAUCAACCAACGCCCCAACGCCCAUCACAUACGCCAUCUUCACUGCUCCUGUCCCUGCCAGUGCUUCUGCUGCUACUAUUGCUCUAUUUGCUUGUUGCCUCGUCACCCUGCCAUGCCGAGGUCUUCACACUGGGCUAUCUUACCGGCUCGCAACGUCGUCCGGGCAAUCUGGACUAUCAACGUCCCGGUAUUACCAUCUCGGGCGCCAUUUCAUUGGCCGUGGAGCAGGUCAAUGCUGGCCGAUUGGGCGCAUUGGGGCAUUCCCUGGAGUUCAUUGUCGCCGAAACAUAUGGCGACGAGGUAGCCAGCAUACGUCAAACGGCUGCUCUGUGGACCCAGCAGGUGGCCGCAUAUAUUGGACCGCAGGAGACAUGCGUGCAUGAGGGACGCAUGGCAGCUGCCUUUAACUUACCCAUGAUUUCCUAUUACUGCACACAUCGUGAUACUUCCAAUAAGCUGGACUUUCCCACUUUUGCACGCACGCGUCCCCCGGACACACAAAUCUCCAAAUCCGUCGUCUCGCUUCUGUUGGCCUUCAACUGGACACAAGUGAGUUUUCUCUAUUUGGAUGAUCCUAGCAGCCAGUAUCAGCCCGUGGCCGAAACUAUACUCAACACAUUGGAAAGUGCGGGCGUUACCGUGCGAGAUAUCCGCACCUGGAAUACCAUUUAUCAUCAUGGCUUCAUGUCCAAUCCUUUCGAUACGCUGGUGGAGCAAACCCAUGCCAAUACACGCAUCUAUCUCAUACUUGGUCAUUACUACGAGCAUGUUGGCCUUAUGGUGAGUCUUCAGCGGCGUGGCCUCUUGGCCAGAGGCGAGUACUUCGUUAUUGGUAUUGACAUUGAGCAGUAUGAGCCGGCUAAUCCGGACAAGUAUCUGCGUGGACUGCUGCUGGAGAAGGUGGAGGAGGUGGCGGGACAAGCUUUUCAAUCGUAUCUCGGCAUACUGCCCACAGCGCCCACUUCUUUUGCCACGUUCGCCAAUGAGGUCAACAAAUACAUGGAACGUCCACCAUUCAAUUUUCCCAAUCCGCUGGGUCUCUUUGGUGGCGCCAAGCAGAUUAGUGCUGAGGCGGCGUAUCUCUACGAUGCCGUGCAUCUCUAUGCAAAUGCUCUACUGACCGUUCUGGAGGCAGGCGAGAAACCCAAAAACGGCACCGCCGUUGUGGCUGCCAUCAAGGGAUCGCGCUAUUUGAGCGCAAUGGGCUACCACGUCUACAUCGAUGAGAAUGGCGAUGCGGCGGGAAACUAUACAGUAUUAGCGCGUGGCUGGGCUCGUAACAGUCGCAAUCAGAGCGUGCUGGGUCUGGUGCCGGCGGGCACCUUCAGCCACAGCGGUGGCAGCAGCAGUGAGGCGUUGCCUCAUACUUUUCAGCCGCAGGAUCUCAAUUUGUAUGGCAACAUCGAGUGGGUGGGCGGUGUGCUUCCGGCCGCUGCACCACGUUGCGGAUUUGGCGGCGAGAAGUGCGUCAAUUACACGGGCGAAAUCUCAGCUGGCAUUGCGGGCGGAGCGUUGCUGCUUCUGGGCCUCGUCUCCCUGGUUCUUUAUCGCAACUGGCGCUACGAGCAGGAGCUGGACAGCUUACUAUGGAAGAUAGACUUUCGAGAAGUGCAAAUGCAUGAGAAUGAAAAAGAGCAGCAAAGCCAAAAGCAAACGCGUUCCACCCAUCCACUUAUACGCACGAGCCAAGUCAGUCUGAGCUCCAAUCCCGAUGCGGAUUUCCGGUACACAACCAUCUUUACGCCCAUUGGGCUGUACAAGGGACAGUUGUAUGCCAUUAAAAAGGUGCGCAAGAAGAGCGUUGACAUUACGCGUGAGAUGAAGAAGGAGCUGAAGCUGCUGCGGGAUGCGCGUCACGACAACAUAUGCGCCUUCAUUGGGGCCUGCACGGAUCCGCCCAACAUUUGCAUCAUCAGCGAGUAUUGCACGCGCGGCAGUCUUAAAGACAUACUUGAGAAUGAGGACGUUAAGCUGGACAACAUGUUCAUUGCCUCCAUGGUGGCGGACAUUAUACGCGGUGUCAUCUACUUGCAUGAGUCGCCCAUACGGUUCCAUGGCUCGCUGUGUACAUCCAAUUGCCUCGUCGAUUCUCGCUGGGUGGUAAAGCUGACGGACUUCGGUUUGUUUGCCUUUAAGCAGGGCAUUGAGGACAGCUCCACGGAUAUGCAGCACAUGUCGAGCAAAUGUCUGAAGCUACUCUAUCGGGCGCCCGAACUGUUGCGUCAGGGCCCCUCCUCUCUGGUUGUGGGAACGCAGCGUGGCGAUGCCUACUCCUUUGCCAUCCUGCUCUACGAGAUGCAUGUGCGACGGGGUCCCUUCGGCGAGACGGGUCUUACGCCCAUGCAGUGCCUGCAGAAGGUCUUGCAACCACAAGACGUUCAACAUCCCUAUCGACCAUCUCUGCAACCGCUAGAGACGGCCUUUGACUGUGUGCGGGAAUGUUUGCGCGAGUGCUGGUCUGAGCGGCCCGAGGAGCGUCCCGACUUCAAGACCAUACGCGCCAAGCUGCGACCUCUGCGCAAGGGCAUGCGUCCCAACAUAUUCGACAACAUGAUGGCGAUGAUGGAGAAAUAUGCGAAUAACUUAGAGGCGCUUGUCGACGAGCGCACGGAUCAGUUGCAGGAGGAGAAGAAGAAGACUGACGCACUGCUAUUAGAAAUGCUGCCACGUCCCGUUGCCGAGCAGCUGAAAAAGGGUCACAAAGUUGAUCCCGAACACUACGAGCAAGUGACCAUCUAUUUCAGCGAUAUUGUGGGCUUUACGGCCAUGUCGGCAGAGAGCUCACCCCUACAGGUAGUUGACUUUCUCAAUGAUCUUUACACCUGCUUUGAUUCCAUCAUCGGGCACUACGAUGUCUACAAGGUUGAGACCAUUGGUGAUGCUUAUAUGGUGGUCUCAGGUCUGCCAAUACGAAAUGGAGACUUGCAUGCUGCCGAAAUCGCCACCAUGUCACUGCAUUUGCUUAGCGCCGUAUCCGAGUUCAAGAUCCGGCAUCGACCCACCAAUCGUUUGUUGCUGCGCAUCGGGAUUCAUACAGGUCCUGUGUGUGCGGGCGUUGUGGGUCUAAAAAUGCCAAGAUAUUGCCUUUUUGGGGACACUGUGAAUACGGCCUCACGCAUGGAAUCCAGUGGGGUGCCUCUAAAGAUUCACUGUAGCUGGCAGUGUCGCCAGCUGCUGGACAGAUUGGGGGGCUACCAGUUUCUGGAGCGCGGUGUCAUCUCGAUGAAGGGCAAGGGCGAACAACGCACCUAUUGGCUACUGGGCGAGGAUGAGGAGGCGCGUACCAGACGCACCUACGAACGGUCGCAAAGGCGAGGCUCACGGGCUCUUAACAAGUUCAUUCAAGGCACCAUUAAGCAGGCACAGUUACAGGCCCAAGCCAAUGACGGCAUCAUACGCUCCUCACUCAAGCAGAAGAACAUGCCGCGCAAUUCGCUGACACGCUCAUCCAGUCUGGAGUCGCCGAAGAAACUGCGCUUUGCCACUGGCAGCCUAUUGGAGCACCAUCGUUACCAUAGUUUUAGUGAUGAGGCAUUGCUGGAGGUCAUUACGGAUUCAUAUACGGGACUGCGCCGCUCCUCCGGCGGCUCCACACAUUCGCGCUACGAGGAGUCUACACUAUCCUGCCAAAGCAUUGAACAAAUGGAUAUUCUGCAGCGCAAGCGACGACCCUCUUCCUAUCCCACAGCCAAUACGCCGCUAUUACUGAAUCAUAUAGAGGUCUGAUCUUGAGGGGAAAGAAGCACUUAUUAUCCAAUUACAGGAAUCUUAGUAGAAUUUGUUGUCAGUAUCUUUGGCCGAUCAUCUUAAUCGUUGCACUGUUCGGCAAUUGUCCGUUGCUUUUAGUGUUGUUAAUGGGUUAAGUAAAACUUACGACAUCAGCAUAUUGUGAGUGAUUAUAAAUCUAGUCGUUGUUUAAACCAAUUUUUGC